CAUCAGAUAAUAGUCAGCGAUUUCGAGAAACCUGCUUUGCAUUUGCACUGACGCCACAACAAGUGCAGCAAAUCAGCAGUUCAAUGGAUAUUUCUGGGACCAAAUGUGACUUCACAGUACAGGUCCAGCUAAGGUUUUGUUUAUCAGAAACCAGUUGUCCACAAGAAGAUCACUUCCCACCCAAUCUGUGUGUGAAAGUAAAUGGGAAACCAUGCAGCCUUCCAGGCUAUCUUCCACCAACCAAAAAUGGUGUUGAACCAAAGCGACCUAGCCGACCAAUCAACAUUACCUCACUCGUCCGAUUAUCUACGACGGUACCAAACACAAUCGUUGUUUCAUGGACUGCAGAAAUUGGGAGAAACUAUUCCAUGGCAGUCUAUCUUGUAAAGCAGCUGUCCUCCACGGUGUUACUGCAGAGAUUGCGAGCAAAAGGAAUACGGAACCCCGACCAUUCUAGAGCUCUAAUUAAAGAGAAACUGACUGCCGAUCCCGACAGUGAAAUAGCAACAACAAGCUUAAGAGUUUCUCUUCUUUGUCCACUUGGUAAAAUGCGGCUCACUAUACCCUGUAGGGCCCUGACUUGUUCCCACCUGCAGUGUUUCGAUGCCACUCUGUAUAUUCAAAUGAAUGAGAAGAAACCAACCUGGGUUUGCCCUGUCUGUGACAAGAAGGCUCCCUAUGAACAUCUCAUUAUUGAUGGGUUGUUCAUGGAAAUCCUGAAGUAUUGUACAGAUUGUGAUGAAAUUCAGUUUAAGGAGGAUGGAUCGUGGGCUCCUAUGAGAUCGAAAAAGGAAGUGCAGGAAGUCACCGCGUCUUACAAUGGGGUCGAUGGAUGCAUAAGCUCUUCCUUGGAACACCAGGUGUCUUCUCACCAACAGUCAAAUAAAAACAAGAAAGUAGAAGUGAUUGAUUUAACCAUUGAUAGCUCAUCAGAUGAAGAGGAGGAAGAACCACCUGCAAAGAGAAGCUGUCCUUCCAUAUCUCCAGCAUCGCCGUUAAAUAAUAAGGGCAUUUUAAAUUUACCCCAUCAAGCAUCUCCUGUGUCGAGAACACCAAGCCUUCCUGCUGUUGACACCAGCUACAUCAACACGUCACUUAUCCAAGACUACAGGCACCCAUUCCAUAUGACACCUAUGCCUUAUGACUUGCAAGGUUUAGAUUUCUUCCCUUUCCUGUCAGGAGACAAUCAGCAUUACAACACAUCCCUUCUUGCCGCUGCAGCUGCGGCGGUUUCCGCAUCAGAUGAUCAAGAACUCUUACACUCUCGUUUUUUCCCAUACACUUCAUCUCAGAUGUUUCUCGAUCAGCUGAAUGCAGGAGGAAGCAGUUCUCUGCCGGCCACAAACGGUAGCAAUAGUGGCAGUAACAGCAGUCUUGUUUCCUCCAACAGCCUGCGAGAGAGUCAUGGUCAUCCAGUUGCAAGUAGGAGCAGCACGGACACGGCGUCUAUCUUUGGUAUCAUACCAGACAUUAUUUCGUUGGACUGAUUUUUGGAGUCAAUGAACUCGUCAGAGGAAAUCUUUGUGCUUGGUUUUACUUUAUGUUAGAAACAUAGACAAGUUUUUGGUUUGUUGGGUGUUUUUUUUUUUUCCUUUUUUAGAGGAAAAAAAAUUAUGUGUACAGAGAACAAAAGUAUAUUUUCAGUUUUACUUUUGUAUAUAAACCUAAGAUGGCCUCACUG